CCAGCAAGAGGGUGGUGGCUUGCUCCUAGAAGCCUGAGACCAGCAGCUGAAGCCAUGGCCACCACCACGUGCCAGGUGGUGGGGCUCCUCCUGUCCCUCUUGGGUCUGGCCGGCUGCAUAGCGGCCACUGGGAUGGACAUGUGGAGCACUCAGGACCUGUAUGACAACCCAGUCACCUCCGUAUUCCAAUAUGAAGGGCUCUGGAGGAGUUGCGUGCAACAGAGCUCGGGGUUCACCGAGUGCCGGCCAUACUUCACCAUCCUGGGCCUUCCAGCCAUGCUGCAAGCAGUACGAGCCCUGAUGAUCGUGGGCAUUGUGCUGGGGGUCAUCGGUAUCCUAGUGUCCGUCUUCGCCCUGAAAUGCAUUCGAAUUGGUAGCAUGGAUGAUUCUGCCAAGGCCAAGAUGACCCUGACUUCUGGGAUCAUGUUCAUCAUCUCUGGAAUCUGUGCAAUCAUUGGUGUGUCUGUGUUUGCCAACAUGCUAGUGACCAACUUCUGGAUGUCCACAGCUAACAUGUACAGCGGCAUGGGUGGGAUGGUGCAGACCGUUCAGACCAGGUACACCUUUGGUGCAGCUCUGUUCGUGGGCUGGGUCGCUGGAGGCCUCACACUAAUUGGGGGCGUGAUGAUGUGUAUUGCCUGCCGUGGCCUGACACCAGAUGACAGCAAGUGAGUCCUCCCCUUCAAAGCUGUGUCUUACCAUGCCUCUGGCCAAAACGUUGCCUACAGGCCUGGCGGCUUUAAGGCCAGUACUGGCUUUGGGUCCAACACCAGAAACAAGAAGAUAUACGAUGGGGGUGCCCGCACAGAAGAUGAUGAACAAUCUCAUCCUACCAAGUACGACUAUGUGUAGUGCUCUGAUACCCUCCCUGCCAACACAUGUGCAGAAGAAACCCUUCCCCAAGAAGAACUCACCCCAAAGCAAGGAGAUUCUACGUUGUUCCCUUGUUGCUUUUGACUGACAGGUGAAAGUUGGCAAAGCCUCAAUUUCGUCCAUGGAGAGGCUAGACAGUCUUGGCCACAAGUCUCUGUCUCUAAAUAUUUCAUUACGAAACAGCUGAGUUAUAAUUAAUGAGUUAGAGGCCUCUGCUUUUUGCCAUAGACUUUUUGAUCUGGUGAUGGAAUGUAAUUUGACUCACUGACUAAUACUUUGAUGAUUUAGAGAAACUUUUCUUCCUCAUACUUAAUAAGCCCGUUGAUGAUCUAUUUCCUGGCUUGACCCCCCCAUGGGAAUUUUUAAAGGGAAAUAAUAGAUUAAAAGGCAUUAUUUCCCACUCCAUUUUGCCUUACCCACCCCUAACUUGACCGAUAAUAAUGAACACUGAUUAAAGAAAGAAGGCCAGGGCAAAGAUAGUUG